GCUUCAGUGUAGGAAGACAAAACCCUAACUAUAUUUCAGCGGAACGCGAGCCAGAACUCAACCGAACGAUUAGACAUCCGUGAGCACAGGUAGAAUAGAUAAUCAUGGGUGGAAAAUGUCCACAUAGAAGCGUAAAGAAGCGAAGGUAUUCUCACAAGACGGCUCGUCGCACCAAAUUCCUCCACAAGGGAGAUGAUAUGGUUUAUGAUGAGCUGAAGAUGCCGAAUGAAGAGAAGCAGCGAUUACCUUUAGAUGAAGAUUUACCUGGGAUGGGCCAGUUUUACUGCCUUCACUGCGAUCGAUACUUCUCCAAUGUGGCCGUGAGGGAUGAGCAUUUUAGGACCAAACGGCACAAGAAACGUGUAAAACAAAUGAUGGGACCUGCACCACAUACUCAACUUGAUGCCGAAUUAGCUGCAGGGAUGGGCAUGCCAGAUAAUGGCCCAAAGCUUAUGUCUAUGUGAUUUGGUUUAUUAACGAUUUUUGUUGAGGCUGAGGUUUCUUUGUUCAUGGGAGAUGUGAUGUUUACUCUCCCCGCUCCAACUAGUUCAACAAAAUCAAUCCCUUUCAACGGAGUAAGCUUAGCUUUUAGAUUCAAUUCCUGUCAAUACAUUUCCAGGUGCAGCUUAUUUUGGGAGUGACCCAGUAGAAAGUAGUUCUUCCUUCAUUAGAGAUCAAUUCGUUAGGAUUUUUAUUUAAGUAGUGCUUGGUUUUCCUUUUUAUUGAUGGAUAUCUAUUAGCUGUCUUUUGUUGCUUGGUUAGCUAUUUUUAACUUCUUGAAAUGAAAAAAGGGGAUUACUUAGUAUUCGUCAAUCCUGUCAGCAGCAGGCCAAUGAAAAAUCCACAUUUUCCUCUCAUAA